GCAGAGCCACGCUGCUGUCUCACGCAUAGCCCUCGGGGAGCAGAAGAGUCACCAUGUGGGCCCCACAAGCGGCCGUUUUCCUCCUGCUGCACCUGGUCCUGCAGCCGUGGCAGCGGGCGGGCGCCCAGGCCAACCCCCAGGUCUUUGACCUUCUGCCAUCCGCCAGUCAGAGGCUGAACCCCAGUGCCCUGCAGUCAGUCCUGACAGACCCCACCCUCCGUGAGCUCUACGUGAUCUCCACCUUCAAGCUGCAAAGCAAAAGCUCAGCCACCAUCUUUGGCCUCUACUCCUUAAGUGACAACAGCAAAUACUUUGAAUUCACCGUGAUGGGACGCUUGAACAAAGCCAUCCUCCGUUACCUGAAGGACGAUGGGAAGAUCCAUUUGGUGGUUUUCAACAACUUGCAGCUGGCUGAUGGGAGGCGCCACAGGAUUCUCCUGAGACUGAGCAACUUGCAGAGAGGGGCUGCCUCCAUAGAACUCUACCUGGACUGUACCCAAGUGGAUUCGGUGCACAACCUCCCCAGAGCCUUUUCUGGCCUCACCCAGAACCCUGAGUCCAUUGAAUUGAGGACAUUCCAGAGGAAGCCGCAGGACUUCUUGGAAGAGCUGAAGCUGGUGGUGCGGGGCUCGCUGUUCCAGGUGGCCAGCCUACAAGACUGUUUCCUGCAGCAGAGUGAGCCGCUGGCUGCCACAAGCACAGGAGAUUUUAAUCGGCAGUUCUUGGGUCAAAUGACACAAUUAAACCAGCUCCUUGGAGAAGUGAAGGAUCUCCUGAGGCAGCAGGUCAAGGAAACAUCGUUUUUACGAAACACUAUUGCCGAAUGCCAGGCUUGUGGUCCUCUGAGUUUUCAGUCCCCAACCCCGAACACACUGGUACCCAUAGCUCCUCCAGCACCCCCAACUCGCCCAACGCGUCGCUGUGACUCCAGCCCCUGUUUCCGAGGUGUCCGAUGUACGGACACCAGGGAUGGCUUCCAAUGUGGACCGUGCCCAGACGGUUACACGGGCAACGGGAUCACCUGUUCUGACGUGGAUGAGUGCAGAUACCAUCCCUGCUACCCAGGUGUGCGCUGCGUGAACUUGGCUCCGGGUUUCAGCUGUGGCGCAUGCCCAGUAGGCUUCACUGGGCCCAUGGUGCAGGGUGUUGGGAUCAACUUCGCUAAGACCAACAAGCAGGUGUGCACUGACAUUGAUGAGUGCCGAAAUGGGGCAUGCGUUCUGAAUUCGAUCUGCAUUAACACUCUGGGAUCUUAUCGCUGUGGACCCUGCAAGCCAGGAUACACUGGGGAUCAGACGAGGGGAUGCAAGGCUGAAAGGAACUGCAGGAACCCAGAGCUGAACCCGUGCAGCGUGAACGCACAGUGCAUUGAAGAGAGGCAGGGGGAUGUGACGUGUGUGUGUGGUGUUGGUUGGGCCGGUGACGGCUAUAUCUGUGGGAAGGACGUGGACAUUGACAGUUACCCCGACGAAGAGCUCCCGUGCUCUGCCAGGAACUGCAAGAAGGAUAACUGCAAGUAUGUGCCAAACUCAGGCCAGGAGGACGCAGAUAGAGACGGCAUUGGAGAUGCGUGUGACGAGGAUGCUGAUGGAGACGGGAUCCUGAACGAACAGGACAACUGUGUCCUGAUUCACAACGUAGACCAAAGGAACAGUGAUAAAGAUAUCUUUGGGGAUGCCUGUGACAACUGCCGGACCGUCCUGAACAAUGACCAGAGGGACACUGACGGGGAUGGAAGAGGAGAUGCGUGCGACGAUGACAUGGAUGGAGAUGGAAUAAAAAAUAUUUUGGACAACUGCCCCAGAGUUCCCAACCGUGACCAGCAGGAUCGGGAUGGUGAUGGCGUCGGAGAUGCUUGUGACAGCUGUCCUGAUGUCAGCAACCCUAACCAGUCGGAUGUGGAUAACGAUCUGGUUGGGGACUCCUGCGACACUAACCAGGACAGUGAUGGGGACGGCCACCAGGACAGCACAGACAACUGCCCCACCGUCAUCAAUAGCGCUCAGCUGGACACUGAUAAGGACGGAAUUGGCGAUGAGUGUGAUGACGAUGAUGACAAUGAUGGCAUCCCAGACCUGGUGCCCCCUGGCCCAGACAACUGCAGGCUGGUUCCCAACCCAGCACAGGAAGAUAGUAACAAUGAUGGCGUGGGGGAUAUCUGUGAAGCUGACUUCGACCAGGACCAGGUCAUCGAUCGCAUUGACGUCUGCCCCGAGAAUGCCGAGAUCACUCUGACUGACUUCCGGGCCUACCAGACUGUGGUCCUGGACCCUGAAGGGGAUGCUCAGAUUGACCCUAACUGGGUAGUCCUGAACCAGGGCAUGGAGAUUGUGCAGACCAUGAACAGUGACCCUGGCCUAGCCGUGGGGUACACGGCAUUUAAUGGAGUUGACUUUGAAGGAACCUUCCAUGUAAAUACCCAGACAGAUGACGACUAUGCCGGCUUUAUCUUUGGUUACCAAGACAGCUCCAGCUUCUAUGUGGUCAUGUGGAAACAGACAGAGCAAACAUACUGGCAGGCCACACCGUUCCGCGCCGUGGCAGAGCCUGGCAUUCAGCUCAAGGCUGUGAAGUCUAAAACUGGCCCAGGGGAACAUCUCCGAAACUCCCUGUGGCACACGGGGGACACCAGUGACCAGGUCAGGCUGCUGUGGAAGGACUCCAGGAACGUGGGCUGGAAGGACAAGGUGUCCUACCGCUGGUUCCUUCAGCAUAGGCCCCAGGUGGGCUACAUCAGGGUGCAGUUCUAUGAAGGCUCAGAGUUGGUGGCUGACUCGGGGGUCACCAUAGACACCACCAUGCGCGGAGGCCGACUUGGCGUGUUCUGCUUCUCUCAAGAAAACAUCAUCUGGUCCAACCUCAAGUACCGCUGCAACGACACCAUACCGGAGGACUUCCAGGAGUUCCAGACCCAGAGUUUCGAUCGCUUGGAUAAUUAAGCCAAAGAAGCAAUCUUACAGCUGCUUUCUCAAAUGCUAAAAACAUCAUCUUUUUUUUUUCAACUUCCCAUAAUUAUCUUUAUAUAACUGUGGCUUCUUUUCUUUUACCAGCCCUAAUACGUUAAACCUUUUUAUUACGAAUGUGGAAAUAAAGGAGAGACUAUU